AUGACACAACUACCACCAGUUUCAUGUAAUGUUGCUACAAGUACAACCACUAUUAUAAGCCCCGUGACCGCCCCCCCCCACCGUGUGCACUCUCCCCCGCCCACCUACUUCUCUCCCCACCACGUCCCCGCCACGCCCCCACCACGCCCCCACCACGUCCCCGCCACGCCCCCACCACGUCCCAGCCACGCCCCCACCACGCCCCCUCUCCGUCCCCACCACGCCUCCACGCCCCCACUCCGUCCCCGCCACGCCCCCACCACGCCUCCACGCCCCCACUCCGUCCCCGCCACGCCUCCACGCCCCCACUCCGUCCCCGCCACGCCCCCACUCCGUCCCCACCACGCCCCCUCUCCGUUCCCGCCAUGCCCCCACCACGCCUCCACGCCCGCACUCCGUCCCCGCCACGCCUCCACGCCCCCACCACGCCCCCACUCCGUCCCCGCCACGCCUCCACGCCCCCACCACGCCCCCACUCCGUCCCCGCCACGCCUCCACGCCCCCACCACGCCCCCACUCCGUCCCCGCCACGCCUCCACGCCCCCACCACGCCCCCACUCCGUCCCCACCACGCCCCCACCACGCCCCCACUCCGUCCCCACCACGCCCCCUCUCCGUUCCCGCCAUGCCCCCACCACGCCCCCACCACGCCCCACUCCGUCCCCGCCACGCCACCACGCCCCCACCACGCCCCCACUCCGUCCCCGCCACGCCUCCACGCCCCCACCACGCCCCCACUCCGUCCCCACCACGCCCCCACUCCGUCCCCACCACGCCCCCUCUCCGUUCCCGCCAUGCCCCCACCACGCCCCCACUCCGUCCCCGCCACGCCACCACGCCCCCACUCCGUCCCCGCCACGCCUCCACGCCCCCACCACGCCCCCUCUCCGUCCCCACCACGCCCCCGCCACGCCCCCACUCCGUCCCCACCACGCCCCGCCCUUCACCACCGUCCAGUGGUCGAUACGAGGGCCAGGACAGCCAAAUGAAAUUGAAGAGUUUGAUGAGCUUGAACAGGGAGGGAUUGAGUACUUGCAAGUUUCACAGGACUACAGUCCUGUGAAGGCCUGCAGUACAACCCGCCUCAUGCAGACUUGCAACAGAGAACAUUACAAGUCAAGUUAUGACGAGUUCAACUUCUCGUUCAUAAGAGGAGUCACCCUCGAGAAGUCAACCUCACCCUCGAGGAGUCAUCCUCACACUCGAGGAGUCAUCCUCACCCUCGAGGAGUCAUCCUCACCCUCGAGGAGUCAUCCUCACCCUCGAGGAGUCAUCCUCACCCUCGAGGAGUCAUCCUCACCCUCGAGGAGUCAUCCUCACCCUCGAGGAGUCAUCCUCACCCUCGAGGAGUCAUCCUCACCCUCGAGGAGUCAUCCUCACCCUCGAGGAGUCAUCCUCACACUCGAGGAGUGUACAAGAUGCAGCAUCUCCAUCACAACGUAA